AUGAGUACAAAGGAGAAUAUUGACUUAUCCAAUGUUAAUCCAGAUAUGACUGUGGAAGAUUACCUUAGAAAACAAUGCAAUAAUCAAAUUGACAGACUAAAAGAACAUGCUGAGCAAUUGGUACAACAAUUUCAACAAGAAGCCGCUGAAGUAAGAGAGAAACUAGUUCAGAGGCUUGAGCAAGGUUCAAACUGCUAG